AUGGCAAGGUUCUUCAAAGUUCAAACGAACAUUCUUCCAAUAACAUCAGAACAUCCGUUCAAAGGGUUUCUGGGUCUGAUAAAGACAGUGAUGAGGAUAUUGGAACAGCAUGAAAUUCAACCCUAUGAAGUCGCUCUGGUCCACUGGGAAAAUGAAGAGAUCACUUAUACAGUAGGAGAGGGUAAUUCAAAGCUCCAUCGUGGAAUUUUCUUGUUUAAUGGAGAGAUGGAUUAUGAUCAGGUUGUUCUGGAGAAGUUUGCAUUUUCCAAUGCUUUAUCUCUGUCAGUAAAACUGGCAAUAUGGGAGGUCUCUCUUGACAACUUUGUUGAGUCCAUCCAGUCAAUUCCUGAGAUGCUGAAGUCUGGACAGAGAGUGAAACUGUCUAGGGCUGAAGUUAUGCAGAAGAUAGGGGAACUCUUUUCCCUCAGGCACUGCAUAAACCUCAGCUCUGACUUACUGAUCACACCUGAUUUCUACUGGGACAGAGAAGAUCUCGAGCAGCUCUAUGACAAGACCUGUCAGUUCCUCAAUAUUAACAGAAGAGUUAAGGUUGUGAACGAGAAGUUACAGCACUGCACUGAACUAACAGACCUGAUGAGGAAUCACCUCAGUGAGAAACACAGUCUCAGACUGGAGUGGAUGAUUGUCAUACUGAUCACCAUUGAGGUGAUGUUUGAACUUGCUCGUGUAAUCUUCUGAGGACCCACAGAUACACAUAUGAUGGCAUACAGUGACGUUUUGUAAACCAGCAAAUCAUUUUGUUCAAUACUCGUUGAUCAGUCAUCUGAUCUUUUGCUAUUCUUAAUGUGACACUGAUCUGAAAUAAAGUUUUUUUUUUUAGAAGGAUCAGAUGAAUAGUGGCUCAUUUGGUUUCUGUUUUGGCUCCUUUUCAGAAAGUUGUGGGAUAGAAAUCAGUAUUGAAUAGAUGUCCUGAAAUGACUCGAGCCCUGCUGUGAAAUAAGCUGAUAGCUGUGUUAUGGAACUUAUAAAUGAGCUUGAGUAACUCUUCACAUGCUGCCAUGCUGCCAAUGGCAUUGAACUUGGUUUUGUAAUUGGGUUGUGCUUACACACUCUCCAAUAGUGCUAAAAUUUCUCAAAUAAUAUUUUACUUUAC